UUCCGCUUGAUAACUUGAUAACACUUGUAGUGGCGAUGUGGACCGUGUGAGCAGACGCCUCGUGAACCACUCGACAUUCGACCACCAACAUUUGUGAGACCCAGUUGUGUUGUGCUUGGGCUAUGUUCGAUAAAUUGAAUCAGAUUUAUUUUUUAAAUAUUUUAUCCUUUUUUAAAACUUGUGCUUUAUAAAAUUUUGGUGAAUUCAGUGAAUUAAUUAUUUAAACACCAUGUCUAGCGAUAAAGAAGCCGUAAAAGAAAAGUUUGUGAAGGAGCCCGACGCAGCCGACACGGAGGGCCAACAUGACAGCAAAGACGCCAUGUCUCGAGCGAUCGGCUCCAUCGGCCGCUGGCAGGUGUGGGUGUGCUUCGUGGUCUUCCUCGUCAAGUUCCCCGUCGCCUGGCACCAGAUGAGCAUCAUCUUCCUGGCUCCCCCCAUGAACUUUACUUGCGAGGGAAACGAUGAGUUCGACAACGUUUGCGCCGCAAACUGCACCGACUAUAAAUUCGACACCAGCACCUUUGAAGAGACGAUUGUGUCAGAGUGGAGUCUUGUUUGCAGCCGGCACUGGCUGCGGAACCUCACGCAGACCUUCUUCAUGCUCGGUAUUCUAGUUGGCAACAUGGUCUUCGGACAUCUCUCCGACAGAUUCGGUCGCCGCCUGCCGUUCCUCUGCGCGGUGUUCCUGCAACUGGUGUCGGGCGUGGCGACCGCCUACUCCGUCAACUGGUACAUGUUCACGGCGCUGCGGUUCUUCCUCGCCGUGGCUACCGGCGGCACCAUGGUCACCAGCUUCGUGCUCAUCAUGGAGCUCAUCGGGCCUAGUUAUAGGGAUACUGUAGGGAUUGUGUACCAGAUACCGUUCAAUAUUGGACAUCUGACGCUGCCGCUGUUCGGAUACUACCUACGCAGCUGGGACAAAUUCCAGCUGGCCAUCUCUCUCCCGUCCGUGAUCUUCCUGAGCUACUACUACCUGCUGCCCGAGUCCCCGCGCUGGCUGCUCGCCGCCGGCCGCCCGGAGGACGCCACCAAGAUACUGGAGGCUGCUGCUUUGAGGAACAAGCGUCCAAUCGAAGGCAUCUCCUCCACGGCCCACAAGAUGGCGCUGGAGAUCAGCGGGCGGCGCGUGGAGCGCGCGUCGUUCUUCGCUCUGUUCCGCACGCCCCGCCUGCGCGCGCGCACUCUCGCCAUCUGCUUCAACUGGUUCGUCUGCGGACUGUGCUUCUUCGGCGUCUCGCAGUACAUCGGACAUGUGUCCGGAGACAUCUUCACUAAUGUCGCCAUCUCUGCUGGAAUACAGAUCCCCGGCACGUUUGUGUCCAUCUACUCGAACAAGUGGCUCGGUCGCAAGCUGACGCUGAUGACCGCCAACUGUGUGACCGGCGUGAGCUGCCUGCUCAUCACCGUGGUGCCGCAGUCCAGCGCCGCGCACCUCGCGCUCGGCUGCGUCGGCCUCUGGGGCAUGAGCAUCUCCUUCUCAACAGUCUACCUGUACGCCGGGGAGCUAUUCCCGACCGUCGUCAGGAAUUCCGGAGUCGGCUUGUCAUCCACUGUAGCGAGAGUCGGGUCGAUGGUCGCUCCGUUUGUUGCGACUCUGUCGCACACUAGCGCUACGUUGCCUCCACUCGCAUUCGGAAUAGUACCCCUCAUUGGUGCUGCCCUCUGCAUUAUUCUCCCUGACACUCGAGGCAAGAAACUCCCAGACACGUUGGAGGAAGGUGAAGAGUAAAUCGAACGUGGGACGCAGAGGGAAUAGAUCUCAUUGUUGGUAUGAUGAGGCUAAUGAAGGCAUGCUCUGCGUAAGUUUCGGUCAAAGUAUUGCCAUCGUGCCUUUAUUACUAUCUAGGACAAGUUAUACAAGUAUUUCAUAUGGCCAUUAAUAAUUUUAGGGCCAUAAUGUUUGGUAAGUAAGAGCUAGGUAACACGUUAGUGUAUGUUAAGAUCUACCUUUAACAUUAACACUAUUGAAAUUAAUAAUAUUGCUGCAAAAGCUAAAAAUACCUGCCAU